UCCAUUCAUUAUAUCUAUCAUUUGCCUAACUAAAUCGCCAGUUCCUCUAGAGUUCAACAAACGCGGUCACUUCUCAUGAUCACGAGCAGAGUCUAAAAUGAUUCUAAUAUCAGUGUGGCUUUUUGUCGUUACUUGUGUGGCUAUUGGUGAUCUAGCUGUUGCUUCUUACUCAACACCUCAACUCAUCCCGAUCAACAAAACUGCUUGCCUGGUUGCCCACAAUGCAAAGCGCGCCUUACACUGCGUACCAGACCUUCAAUGGGACGAUUCCCUAGUACCCGGAGCGGAAGCCUGGGCGCUUUACCAUGCCAGAAAACCUCAAGUUGGUAUGGAACACAGUAGAGGAAAUGGCGGGACAUUCCGUGAAAAUAUUUACUACAAGUUCACUGGUGGGACACUAGGCACAUGCGCAGAUGCUGUCCAGUGGUGGUAUGACGAAAUACGAUUCUACAACUACAAUCGCCCUGGAUACAGUCUUCCAUCAUCACAUUUCACGCAGUUAAUCUGGAAGACAUCUACUAAGGUCGGCGUUGCCAUGGCAGCACAUACCAGGGGUCCCUCCACCUACACAUUCGUUGUAGCUCACUACUCACCUGCCGGAAAUGUUCGGGGAACCUUCGCUACAAACGUACCUGACUUAAAUUGCAAAUCGGCUCCAAUACCGUACUUAAAGCCUCAAAUCUACACAUUCAGCACACGUGGUUGCCUUARCGCCCACAAUGCCAAACGCGCCCUGCAUGGUGUUCCAGGCCUCCGUUGGGACGCGUCCUUGGCUUCAGGAGCAGCAGCYUGGGCCCUCACCCUUGCGAAGGAYGUCUCGCUUCGAGUUCGACCCAGUCCAGGAAACGGUGGGAAUUACCGGGAAAAUAUUUACUACAGAUAUGCCGCUCCUCCUGGGACUGUGACGUCAUGUGCACAUGGUGUCCAGUCAUGGUAUGAUGAGAUCAAGUAUUACGACUUCAAAAACCCGGGUUUCAAGCGCAAGGCGUCACAUUUCACGCAGCUCCUGUGGAAGUCAUCUACAAGAGUAGGUGUUGGUAUCGCUGUGGUUACUAGGAAGACAUAUACCUACACGUUUAUCGUGGCUCGCUACGCACCGGCUGGGAACAUCUAUGGCACCUUCGCUGCUAAUGUACCAAACCUUCUCAGCAAAGGUCCUUGCAGAGAUUGCUCAACUGAUGCAGUACCGUACUCAACCCCACAGGUGACAACAUUUAACGUAAAUGAUUGCCUGAAUGUUCACAACGCCAAGCGCUCCCUCCACGGCGUUCCAAACCUCAAAUGGGAUGUGUCCUUGGCUUCAGCAGCAGCAAGUUGGGCGUUAACACUCGCAAAGAAACCGAGAGUUCAGAUGCGAGCAAGUCCAGGGAAUGGAAGAAGUGGAUAUCGUGAAAAUAGUUUUUAUAAGUAUACGUCCCCUCCUGGUACGGUCGCAUCGUGUACGGAUGCUGUACAGUGGUGGUACAGCCAAAUGAAAUACUACAACUUCAACAGGCCUCGAUUCAGCUCCAGAGCACAGCAUUUUACACAGCUUAUCUGGAAGUCCUCCACUAAAGUAGGUGUUGGAAUCGCUGCAGUAUCGAGACAAGGGUAUACCUACACCUUCAUCGUGGCGCACUACGCACCACCAGGAAAUAUUUUCCGCGCUUUCGCCAGAAAUGUGCCAAGAUUGAUCUAAUACCGGCUCCUUGCAGCAGGGUCUUGAAAAGAUGAAAUGGGAGCUGGAACAGACUGAAUUUAUUCGUUGCAUGCUGCAUCACAGACCAUGCACGUAUCAUUUUCUUGAGAAUACAUGAAGACUUUGAGUUGUAUCCAUAUUCAUUUGUCUUCUCUUGCGCAAUAAAGGAUAAUAUAGGAAAUGA